CUAACCCUUUCUGUAACACCAUAAAAAUCAUUAACUGAACAGAAUUGUUGAUCUCGUGCUUCAUCUUUUCACACCCACCCAAGGCCUCUGCCCACCCUACUAGAGCAGGUGCUGGAGCACACUUUAAGUUGCUCCUAUAGGGGCAGUGGGAGGAAAGGGUUUGGGAUCAUCCUCUGCCUGCAGCCUCUACACCCCGAGACCACUGCCGUGCUGCCAGCGUGAUGCAUGAGGGUGCUUCGUGCCGGCCGCGGAGCUGAGCAGUGAGCUUUCCUAGGAAACUGCCGGCACUGAGCAAAGAUGCUCUGGUACCGCAGCGCCUCGGAGCAGGGGGACACAGGUCUCCGUGCCACCAGGCUGCAGGGACCCAGCCACCCUGCCCUGUCCCAUCCCGUCCCCCAGGGCUGGGGGAGGUGCUGUGCUGGCAGGAGGCCAGAGCAGGCCUGAGGACGGGAAGGUGCGAAAAGGGAAGAGCAGGUAGGAGGGAGGCUGCCGGGGAGCGGCUGUGGUCUGCGGCCAGGGGACGUGGGCUGGGGGAGGAAGGCAAUGCUGAGCUGGGAAAGGAGGAACAGGACCAGGGGUCAGGGCAAGGUAAGGGGCAGGGAGAGCGAGGGGACAACCGGCAAAGACAUCAGGGAACCGUGGUACUCCUAAGCUCAUUCUCUUCACCUGGAGAGGGCUCAGCUGGCAGUGCAGGGGUGUGACGCUCCAGUUUAUCCCUGCAACAAUCAGGAGGAAGCGGUGCAGAGACCCAGAGCCCCCCACAGACCCCGGGUGGGGCUGACACCCCCCCGUGCUCAGAGCCGUGUGCCCCCACGCCAGCCCCCAGGCCCCUGGGGCGCUGCUCCUCCUUAUCACACUUCCGCGCGCCUUCCGGCGUGAGCAGGGCAGGGGUGCUUCCCGCUGAUCUCCAGGGCCUGGCCGAGCCCCCUGCGACCGCAGGGCUAUUUCGGGAUGGCUGUUUGUCCCGAAGGACCCUGCGUGCUGGGGAGGGGGAGCGGGGCCACCAGCCCUGGUCGCAGUGAUGUGCACGUCCCUCCCUGCGGUGCCACGGUGCCAGGGGCUCAGUGGGAUGGGGACACGUUGGGGACAGCGCUGUGCCCGGGGUGCCUUCAUGCCCACCCUCCUGCCAGACGCUGCGCUGCUGGAGGAGGUGCCCGAGGACAUCCUCUGCUUCUCCCGCUCCUUUGAGGACCUCACGUGUUUCUGGGAUGAGGAAGAGGAGGUGAGCGGGAUGAGCCACUUCUACUACUGGUACAGCAGGGACGUGCCCACGGCGUGCGCAGUUUUCACACAGCGCCGCGAGGCCGGCGGGACGCGGCACGUCUGCGCCUUCCCCAGCCAGGACGUGCGGCUCUUCACCCCGCUCCACGUCCUCGUCCUGGACACCACCACCAACCAGACCAGGCACCAGCGGGAGCUCAGCGUGGACGUGGUGGGUCUCAUUGCCCCCCCGGUGAACAUCAGUGCCCGCUGGGCCGGAGCCACGGGGCAGCUCCACGUGUCGUGGCAGCCACCACUUGCUGACUACCCGAACUUCUUCCUCUACGAGGUGUGCUACAGUGCCGUGAGCCCCGCGGGGACGCCCCACGGCACAGCGUGGGACCCUGGCAAGCAGCACACCGGGGACGGGGACCCCCCCACCCAUCUCAGCAGCAGCACCCACCCGCCCACAGCCCGGGGAGCUGCAGUCUCCCCACGAGCAGGGCAGGGGCUGGUGCAGGCCGACACCUGGGCAGUUCUCCAGCACCUGCAGCCGGGGGUGAGGUACCACAUCCAGGCGCGCACCAAGCCCGACGGCACCUCCCUGGACGGCAUGUGGGGGCCCUGGUCACAGGCGGUGGCCGCAGAGACACCCCACUCCUCCGGGGACAUCGGGCUGUGCUGCAGCACCCCUGACCUGCAGCACGUGCGCUGCGAGUGGAGCUGGGACCCCACGGAGCACAGCAGCUCCCACGAGCUCUUCUACCAGGAGACUCCACGUGGGGCUGGCAUAAGGGAAGGCAUGUGGCAGCGCUGCGAGGAGGCCAGCGUGGGGACGCAGGGAGCUCACGCCUGUACCUUCCAGCCCAGCAAUGACAGCCCAAUCGCCAUCCUGGUGAAUGUCACCCAGCCCCACGUGCUGCCCAGGCUCAGCUACUUCAAGGAGCCCUUCUGGCUGCACCAGGCCGUGCUCACGGAGGCCCCGCAGCUGGUGGAGGCAGUGGUGGCACAGGGCCAGCUGAGCCUGCAGUGGCUGCCGCCCCUGGAGGAGCUGGCGGAGCAGCUGGAUUACCAGGUCCGCUACGCCGCCGAGAGCAGCCCCGACUGGAAGGUCCUGCAGGUCCCGCGGGCGGCCAGGAGAGAAGUCCUGGACCUGCGGCCAGGCGCCCGCUACCGUGCCCAGGUGCGGGCCCGACCCGGCGGGCCACGGUACCAGGGCAGCUGGAGCGCCUGGUCCAAACCCGUCGUGGUCGACGCCUCGGCCGACGCCGGCUGGAUCAUCCCGAGCGUGACGGUGCUGCCGCUGGUCUUCGCGGGAGCGCUGCUGGGGCUGCGCUGCACCUUCCCCUCCCUCUACAGCAGCGUGAAGCAGCGGCUGUGGCCGCCCGUCCCCGACCUGCACCGCGCCCUGGGCAGCUUCCUGCACGACGGCGGCAAGCAGGGGCAGGUGAGGGGCGGGACGGGACGGGGCGGGUGCGGGACCUCCCCGGCUCCCCCCAGCCGCCGGGGCCGCCCCGAGCCCUGCCGUCCGCCCCCCGCAGGCCUUCUACAAGCAGCCGCCGGAGGAGGCGGUGCUGCCCUGCCUGCUGGAGGUGCUGCCCGCCCCGCCGGGCGCCCUGACACCGCCAACGCCGGAGCCCGCCGCCGGCCGGCCGCUGCCCCGCGCCGGGGCGCCCAGCACCGACAUCGCCAACCAGUCCUACCUGCUCGUCAGCGGCUGGGAGCCGCGCGGGCCGCCCUGAGCCGCCCCCCCCAUUAAACGACACCGACCGCU